UAUAACUCGAAGCUAAGCUGAAGAACAGAUCAAUCGUAAAAUAAAGCGAAUCGGUUCGUUCAACUUGUGAGACGUUUUCAGAUAUCGAUAGGUAGUCGUUUUGUGUCGAGUUAUAGCCUACUGGAUGUUUAUGUGAUUUUAAAUGAAUAUAUCAAAAAUACAUAGUUUUGGAUAAAGCAGAAAGAACGGACGAAUGACAUAGGUAAUCGUAUUCUUCGGAACAAUAUUCUUCAAAUUUCAUAUUACCAUUUCUCUCAAAAAAAUUGCAAAUUUACUGCCCUCAAUAUGCCAUUGUCGUGCCAUUCUAGCGUUUGUACACCUUUGUGUAAAUUAGCCAAAAAAAGUGGCAGUACCGAAGUUCAGAUUAAUAAAGUAAGUUACGUUUGGACGAUUCAUAAUUUUAAUUUUCACGAGGCAGAAGGAAGUACAUUAUAUGCUUCUGCAUUCUCAGUCUCCGCAAAUGAUAAAUUCAAGUGGAAUCUACAGCUAAAACCUAAUGGAGAGACUGAUGACAAAGAUACAAUUUCUGUGUACAUGACGAACGACAGUCUUGUAAAGGACAAGAUAUACGCAAAAUUGAACGCUUUUGUUUUGGAUUCCCAUCGAAAUAAAGUAUUCACUAUUAAAACCGGUAAAGUGACCGAAUUUAAUUUGGCAAUUAAUCAUAGUCCGGGUGCUAAAGAAUUUCUCAAGAAAGAUGACAAUUUUAGAAACAACUUUUUGAUUAAUAAUACAUUAAGGAUUAUGUUCGAGAUCGAGUUUUCUGCAGUUCGUGGUGAUGCCACCAAGAACACCUUACAUGAAUGCAGAAAACAGCAACUGUUUCCAAGCCCUCCUGCUUGUAAUCUUUCGAAAAAUUUGGGCCAAUUGCUUGAAAAAGGAGAAUUUAGUGAUGUCAGUCUCGUAGCGAGUGACGAUAAAGAGUUCCCAGCGCAUAAGAAUAUCCUGGCGGCGCACAGUCCUGUAUUUGCUGCGAUGUUUAGACAUGAUAUGAAAGAAACUAGGCUAAAUCGUAUACAUAUCGAUGAUAUCAACGCUGAAACGAUUAGCGAACUCUUGUCAUACAUUUAUACUGGAAAAUGUAAAAAUCUGGAAAAGGUAGCGGAUAGUUUGUUGGAAGCUGCUGAUAAAUAUGGUUUGGACCAAUUGAAAAUGAUUUGUGCCGAAGAAUUGCGGAGGACGUUAUCGGUGGAAAAUGCUGCGAGUAUUUUAGCAUUAGCAGAUUUACAUGGCGUUAAAGAACUGAAAAAUGAAGUAAUGAAGUUCAUCUUAUCGAAACCUCGUGAAGUGUCGAAUACAACGGGUUGGAAAAAUAUUAAAUCAAAGGAGUUGGUCAAUGAGUUGUGCUCAGCUUUGGCUCGACUAUAAUUUGUCAAACUAAUUAUAAUAUUGUUCUUGAUUUCUAAACGUGAUUGAAUUUUGUUCAUCAGCAAGUUAGUUGGCACCUAUACCAGCUAGCUAAUUUCAAUUUUUUAUACAUAGAUAUUUUGUGUGGUUAAUUAAUAUGAUAGGUACAUAAUUAAUCCUAUUUCUGAUAAGUUAAAAUUAAAGCAUUUUUGGCCACUCUGGUUUUCAUUAAUUCAGCAAUUCUAAUUUAAUCUCGUUUUUACGCAUAAAUACCCAGUAUUAAGUAGAUGAACACUUUUUUGUUUUAUUCUAUUUUUGUUACAUAUUUUAGAAAUAAGGUAAAUUUUGUCCAAAUAAAAUUAGAUGUCAGAUUUUCGUACAAACAUUCUUUGGAAUUUGUUUUAAGUAAUGUUCGCAGUAUCUUUGGGAAGUUAUUUUGCAUUUUAUUUUUUGUUACUUUAAGUUGUAUCUGUAUAGGUAAUUGAUAUUCCUUAUUUUUUUAUAUAUUUUUUUUUAGAUUUCAUUUAAUUUACGGAAUUAUUGAAUUUUUUAUAACCGUUUUAAAUAAAAAUUUUUAGAACUUU